AUGAUUUUGAAAAAGAAGCUUGGCAACUCGGUCAAAUUCGCCGCGGAUUCUAGCGCCAAAGAAAAGGCUGAUCCGUUUUCCUUCUUCGAUGUUAAGAAAAAGAACCCGUUGAAUUUCUACGUCUUUGUUCAUGAAGGAAGGAAAAUUUCAAAAGGAAUGAUCAGCGACUUUAUCGACACGCCUGAUCCAUACAUAUCCGUCACUGUACCUUUCGCAGCGAAAACAACGAAGAAAACGCGAUAUUUUACGAACCAAAAAUCGCCAAAAUUUAACGAAGAACUUUUAUUCAAAAUUCCACCAUUCGAGGAUUUGGAAGACAACGAGGAGAUUGAAAUUGCAAUAAUGGAUAAGAACUACUCAACCGACGAUUUGAAUUCAAGGCUAGGGUUGAAAAUUGAAAAGUUGAAUUAG